CGAGCGGAACAGACGAAGCCCCUGAUGAAAGCGCGGAAGCCCCUGAGCGGACCUGCCCGAACCAGGGUGCUCCUGGCCUGGGCUUGGGUAGGGAGCGCACUGACCACCAACAUCUGGUAGUAAUCGAUAAGGCGGCUUGGCUGCUCCCCACGAUGCAAGCUCCGCGUCACCUCGAGUUUGCCUGCCCAAGACCCGACUGCUUUUAUUCGCACAGAUCGCUCGCCUUCGAUUUCCCCUAAUUGAGACCAUAGUAUGAGACUCAGAAUAUACACCGCCAUUUGACCAAGGUGUUACAACAAUUGCCCAACAUGGCGACUCAGUACGAAGUCGAGCACAACAUCAAACCCACCACUUCCACCACCCGCCGUCGGCGACAAGUAGACAUGUCAACAUUCACCGCCCACCUGCACACCCUCGACCCCGAAACCCCCUCCACCGCCUCGACCACCCAGCAACGACCACCGCACGAACCGCACAACAACCCGCACGCGGUGCCCAACCCGGCUGACACCGCGGCGCUCUUCCGCCUGCUGCAGGACCAGAUGGGCACGCUGGCGACGACGGCGCCGACGGAGAGCAACCGGGCCUUCCUGCAGUCGCUGGUGGAGGCGCUGGAGCUGGACGUGGCGCACCCACCGCGGCAGCUCGAGGGCGUGACGCAGGAGUUCCUCGACGGGCUGGACCGCGUGCCGCGCAGGGCGCUCAAGGACGACGACGCCUGCCCCAUCUGCGCCGAGCGCUUCCUGGACGACCCGUACCCCCUCGUCGUCGAGCUGCCCUGCCACGGGAGCCACCGGUUUGAUCUGGAGUGCGUCGGGCCCUGGCUGAGGGGGAAGGGGACGUGUCCGCUGUGUAGGAAGGAGUUGGGGAAGAGGAGGGAGGUUGUGCAAAGGGGUGGUGGUGGUGGUGGUGAGGGGGAGGAAGAGGAAGAGGAUGAUGUGAAUGGGUUGUAUGCGUGAAGGGGGAAUAGGGAGAACGGACUCAGGGGUGGAGCACGAGUGGGAAAUGGAGGGAGUAUGGGAAGUCACUGGGUGCUCAAGUGCCCGAAAUCUUCGGCCGCGCCAGCCGCUAAGUGGGCGGGAGCGCUUCUUCUGUGUUGCAAGCAAUGGUUUGGAUGCCUUGGCGUCGGGUUCAAC